AUGAAAAAUAUUGAGAAGUAUCAAAUUUAUGAUUUUUGCGAUGAGCAUAACCAUCCUUUGCAUCUUCUGGAGACAAGUCACAUGCUAAUAUCUCAAAGAAAAUUGUCUCAAGUUCAAGCUCAUGAGAUUGAUUUGGCUAAUGAUUCAGGCCUUAAGCAAAAGACUUCAUUUGAAUUAAUGAGUAGACAAGUUGGUGGAAGAGAAAAUCUUGGUUACACACGCUUGGAUCAAAAGAAUUAUCUUCGUAGCAAGAGGUUGAGAAAUAUGGCAUAUGGAGAGGCAGGAAGCUUAUUACAAUAUUUUCAACAAGAAUCAAUAGAAAACCCAUCAUUCUAUCAUACAGUCCAAUUAGAUAUUGAAGAACAAAUCACAAAUAUUUUUUGGGCUGAUGCAAGAAUGAUAAUGGAUUAUGAAUACUUUGGUGAUGUGGUUACCCUUGAUACUACAUAUAGUAACAAUAAUGCAUAUAGACCUUUGGCUGUUUUUGCAGGAUUUAACCACUUUAGAGGGGUGGUGAUUUUUGGAGCUGCACUUCUUUAUGACGAGACUUCGGAAUCAUUUGAGUGGCUCUUUAGAGAAUUUUUGAAAGCACAUAAGAACAAGAAGCCUCAAACUCUUUUCACAGAUCAAGACCAUGCCAUGGCUAAAGCUUUACCACGGGUAAUGCCCGAAACAUAUCAUGGUUUAUGUUCUUGGCAUUUGAUGCAAAAUGGCAUAAAGCACCUUGGUAAUUUGAUGAAGAAUGGGUCUCAUUUUUUGAAAGACUUUAGUUUUUGCAUGUACAAAUGCUCAGAGGAAGCUGAUUUUCAAAUAGCAUGGGAUAAAUUGCUGGAUGAAUACAAUCUUCAUGAUAACAAAUGGUUAAUAGGUGUGUACAAAGUAAAGGAAAAAUGGGCAAAAUGUUAUAUGAAAAAUACUUCCACUAUUGGCAUGCAAAGUACACAACUUAGUGAAAGCUUUAAUGCAGAUUUGAAAACUUGCAUGAAACCUGACUUGGACAUAAUACAAUUUUUCAAACACUUUGAAAGGGUGGUUAGUGAUAAGAGAUACAAUGAGCUGCAAUGUGAAUUUGAAUCUAGGCAAAAAGUACCAAGGUUGAAGAUGGAAAAUUCACCUUUAUUGCAACAGGUUCUUGAUGUCAAAGAUAUAAAGAAGUUGCCCAUUCAGUAUAUUUUGAAAAGGUGGACUAGGGAAGCAAAAAAUGGAUUUGUGAAAGAUACACAUGGCAAACAUGUUCAAGAAGAUGCUAAUCUUGAUAGCACACAACGAUAUAGGAAAAUUUGCCCUAAAUUAGUGAGAAUAGCCACACAAGCAUCUGAUUGUAAGGAAGCUUACUUCUUUAUGGAAAAGGCCAUAGAAGACUUACGAAAGCAAGUUGAUGAGAUUUGCAAGAAAAACUUGGGACUAGAAAAUAUUAAUGUUGAUCUUUCUUCCUCUUUCCCAAAUGAAAAUCAUUUCUUACAAGUCAAAGGAUUGAAAAGAAGAAAUGGUAUAAAGAAUUGGAGAAAGCGUCCAAAGAGUUGGGUGGAGAACCAACCCAAGAAGACAAAAAAGGUCCCAAAAAUUAGUGCUUCACAAAAUAAACAAUUGAAGGAAAACAAUGACAUUUCAAGUUCUCAUGAAAGUGAUCAUGGUUUUAAUAGACUUUUAAUGAGCGUCGCAUCCUCGAUAAGAAAUCCAGAGACAGGGGUUAUCCGUUUUCUUCUUCUUCUUGUUUCUUCGUCUUCUUCUGGAAAAGAGGUUGAGGAUGAUGACGCGGAUCACAGAACUUGA